AUGAUGUCUUCACCAACAAAAUCGGUUCUACGUUUUUCAAAAUUAAGUGAAAGUGCUUUUGCACCAUUGAAAGGUUCUGCGCAUGCAGCUGGUUUUGAUUUAAGAAGUGCCUACGACUAUGUUUUAGCAGCACGUGAUAAGGUAAUUGCACAAACUGAUAUUCAAAUUGCUAUUCCAGCUGGUUGUUAUGGACGAAUUGCACCUCGUUCAGGAUUGGCGGCAAAAAAUGGUAUUGAUGUAGGAGCUGGAGUGAUUGAUGCCGAUUAUCGUGGUAACGUUGGUGUGGUCUUAUUCAAUCAUAGUGACACUGAUUUUAAAAUUAGUAAAGGUGACAGAAUAGCUCAAUUAAUUUGUGAAAAAAUUGAAUAUCCAGAAUUAAUUGAAGAUAAAUUGGAUACAACCGUUCGGGGUUCGAGCGGUUUCGGAAGCACAGGAUUACGAGGAAAGGAAAAUGAAUCGAUUUAA